AUGAUCCUUAGAACCUUAGGGAUCACCCAAGAUGGAGAUCGUGUGGCCUUGAUCACCUACCAGCUGAAAGGAGAAGCCCACUACUGGUGGGAUCUAAUGGAGGCAACCCAUGUCAUAGCCACCAUGACCUUUGCCGAGUUUGAGACCCUAUUUCUCGACAAGUACUUCCCCACACCCCUUCGUCUGGCCAAGGAACAAGAGUUCCUAAAUCUGAAACAGGGAACGAUGACCGUUACCCAAUAUGCGGCCAAAUUCGAGGAAUUGUCUCGUUACGCCCAAACGGCCGUUGCAACUGAGGACAAGAAGGCGAGAAGGUUUGAGUGGGGACUGACAACUGCUAGAAGGGCUGUGGUAGCUCAGGCCUUUCCCACCUAUUCCGGUGUUGUGAAGUGUGCUCUUCGGUUAGAGAGUGAGGAGACUGACUUCAAAAUCCGAUGGAGGAAGGCGAAUAACAGCACUGGUGGACCAAUCCGAACCCUUUUACCCAGCAACAACCAUGGACCCUACCCUACCAAACCCUCUAACCUGCUUCAAGGCGACCAACUCUAG